AAGGUGACGUGAGGCGGAAGUGAGCCAACAGCGCUGGAGACACCUGUGCGCAGGUAAACAGCGGAACAGAGCAGCAAAAACACGAUGGCCAACCCAAUACCCUCCAAUCUAAAAUCAGAGGCUAAAAAAGCUGCCAAAAUCCUCAGAGAAUUCACUGAGAUCAGUAACAGAAAUGGACCCGACAAACUUAUCCCACCUCAUGUGAUCGCAAAAGCGGAGGGUUUGGCCAUUAUUUCUGUGAUCAAAGCUGGAUUUAUGAUCACAGCUCGAGGAGGAAGUGGCAUCGUCAUAGCGCGACUUGCAGACAGACGUUGGUCUGCGCCUUCCGCCAUUGGGAUUGCCGGUUUAGGAGGAGGGUUUGAGAUCGGCGUAGAGGUUUCAGAUCUGGUGAUUAUCCUGAACCAACGCUCUGCCGUCGAGGCGUUCUCUAAAGGAGGGAAUCUGACGCUCGGAGGCAACUGCACUGUGGCUGUGGGGCCCAUGGGCAGAAACGUGGAGGCAGACGUGGCGUUGAGGAGUCCGGCUGCUGUCUUCACUUACUGCAGAUCCAGAGGGCUGUUCGCUGGAAUCUCACUGGAGGGAUCCGGCCUCAUCGAACGCAAAGAGACCAACCGCAAGUUUUAUGGUCGUGAAAUCAGAGCGUCGGCCAUUUUGAACGGGGACGUGGAGCCUCCCUCCGAAUGCUACGACCUGUACCACAUUUUAGAGGUAUACGCUGAAGCCUACACGGCCGACUGGAUCAGCAAGAACCCCAGCGCCAGGGCAUCCACAGCUCCAUCCAGACCUGCUCCUCCAGGGAAGAGACCUACGAACAACUACCAACCACCUCAACCCACAAACAACUAUCAGCCACCUCCAUCCACGAACUACCAGCCACCUCCAUCCACGAACUACCAGCCACCUCCAUCCACGAACUACCAGCCACCUCCAUCCACGAACUACCAGCCACCUCCAUCCACGAACUACCAGCCACCUCCAUCCACGAACUACCAACCACCUCCACCCACGAAAUACCAACCAUCUCCUCCACCUGUCCACUAUCAACAGAACCGGCCUCCACCUGCACCGCCCACCGGCAGUAAAAAUACACUGUACCCCAGCAUCUCCGUUUACAAAUCUGAUACUUCAUCGAGGCACACUCCAAAUAAUUAUGCAGGUGGCGCUGCAGCCUCAGGAGCACAAGCGUGGGGAGAUGGGGGUUCUUCAGCUCCUAUAGUUGUCACGGCGACACACCCGUUCACCGGACAACAGCCCGGUGACCUGUCAUUUGCCCCUGGUGAACACAUCACUGUCAUCACUAAAACCGAUUCUCAGUACGACUGGUGGGAAGGGCAGACGGCUGAUGGCAGAACGGGCAUCUUCCCCGCCAACUUCGUCACAUACUGAAGAAACUACAACUACAAAAGCUACAACUAUGGUGUCAACAAAGGGUAAAAAACUACAGCCACGGAAACAACAGAUUAAAGAAACUACUGAGGGAACUACAACUACAGCAAUAACAGAAGGUCAAAAAAACUGCAGCUAACUUCUAUUGAAAUUAAAACUGUAGCUAUUGAAAAAACUACAACUACAGAAACUAUAACUACCGCAGUAACAGAGGGUCCAAAAACUUACUGAAGAAACUACAACUAUGGCAAGAACAAAAGGUCAAAAUACUACUGCGGAAAAUACAACUAUGGCAACAAAGGGUAAAGGGGAAAAAAAACUACAACUACAGCAAAAAUAAAGGGUCAAAAAAACUACUGAAGAAGCUACAACUACGGAAACAACACAGGGUAAAAUAAACACUUAAGAAACUACAACUACAGCAAAAAUAAAGGGCGAAGAAACUACAAUUACGGAAACAACACAGGGUAAAAAAACUACUGAAGUAAAACUACAAUUACAGCAGAAACGGUAAAAAAACAACUGAAGGAUCUACAACUAGGGCAAAAAUGGUAAAAAAAAAAAAAAACUACUGAAGAAACUACAACUAUGGAAAUGACACGGGGUGAAAAAAAGACUUAAACUACAAAUAGUGCAAAAAUGGUAAAACAAACAAACAAAAAACACUGAAGAAACUACAAUUACAGAAACGACACAAUAAAAAAAAACUACUGAAGAAACUACAGCUAUGGAAAUAACACAGGACAAAAAAAUACUACUGAAAGAACUACAACUAGGGUACCAACUGAAGGUAAUACAAAAGACUAUCACAACGACAAAAAUCAUGUUUUUUGCUGUUAAACUAGUUACUCAAAAUAUUAGGAUCAGGUAAAAAGAAAAGGGUCACUGAAUACAAGCUUAUACCAGCAGAUAGUACUAAUGUAUUGCAUACAUAUCAAAAUGUUGCCUUUGCUUUGUAUUUACUGCCUUAAAAACUAUUGUAAUGAAAGCAGUAUAAAAUGUCUACUGUGACUUAUUUAACUUUUAGGUAUUUUGACAUCUCUGUGCUCAAACAAAAAAUUUCCCCCGUUUCAAAAUAAAAUGAUCACAUCCUGUUUUAUAUUUUCUGCUUUGA